AUGCGAUUAAAUAUAUACAUAAAAUUGUGACGUCGCACAGUAUACCUUUUCAAGUGAGCAUUUCCUGGCUUGGACUUUGGGAAUGGCAAAGUCCAGCAAUGCUUUGCAAAAUUACCUAUGUUUUGCAUCCAUAAGCCAAUCUGCCGCAAAGAUUUGAAUAUGAAUCUGAUAGCUGGAGGCAAAGCGAACUUUCUUGUUAACACAAUCAACUAA